AGCGUUCACCUUGUUACAGGUCCAGUUCUGCGUUAAACUCUUCAGACCUGUUUUUAAUUUUCUCACAUUUUUCCUGUAGACCUUUAAUUAAUUUCCCUGUUUCUUCAGGACUACCUUCACAUUGUGGACUCCUUGAACAUCCCCACGCCGGACUCUCAGUACCUGCUGGAGCUGAUCAGAGACAGAUACUGGGGCCAGUCGGUGCUGAUGGUGGAUGUGUGUGAAGAGUUUCCUGAAAACAUCCGUCAGGCCACAGCAAGCUUAAAGACGGUGAACAUCAUUCCUGCCAUCGGUCUGAACGUUCACAGCAUCCUGAAACACGAAGCCGUCAUCCUCACCUUGGAAACCGUCAAGUUUCUGGAGGAGAAGCUGCUGUGGCAUGACCAGCGUUACUCGCCUCUGUACCCGUUCAGACUGCCGUACUCUGACUUCCCCUGAGAGCAAAUGACUUGGAAUAAACUCACUGACAUCGAG